AUGGAAGGGAGGCGUAAUUUUAACGGCAUAGUUGCAGAGCCACUCACGAGAAACAGCAGUGGUGAUUGGUUCGAAUGGGUUAAGAACUAUUUGAUAUCUCGAGAUCUUUGGAAAGUGACAAGCAGUAGUAGGGCCAGACCAGAGAGAUAUCGUGUCAAAGAUUUUGCCAAAUGGAGAAGAAACAAUGCCGCAGCAUUACAUGUCAUUCGUAUCUCUUGUGGGCCUCACAAUCACUUUCUUAUAAGAGGGCUCUCUGAAGCCAAACGUGCAUGGGACAUUCUCUAUGAUACCUACAAUAAUAAUGAACCGGCCCCUGCACCGGCCUCUCCUCCAGAGUUAACGGAGGCAGAAGAAUUAGAGAUGAGUAAUAUGCGCAAGGCCAUAGCUGAAAACAACUGGUCGGCUGCGAAAGCAUUCAUUGAUCGCCAUCCUCAGGUGUUGAUCGUAGAUUUUGCAACUUCAAUGGGCGAAACACCUCUUCAUGUGGCUGCGAAGUUUGGGCAUCUGGUCGUAGUAGAGGAGUUAGUGAGAUUAAAAUAUCUGGAGAUAUGCGAUGCUUAUUAUAACAACACUCCACUUGCAAUAGCUGCUUCACAUGGUGAACUCAUCCCGGUUGCAACAUGCUUGAUCAACAAAAAUAGAAAGGCAUUUGCAAUUCCAACUGGAAACGACUAG